GCGUCACGUCAGAGGGAACAGCAAAAGAACAAGAUGGAGGAGUAUGCCAGAGAACCAUGCCCCUGGAGGAUCGUGGACGAUUGUGGGGGAGCCUUCACCAUGGGAGCUAUUGGAGGAGGAAUAUUUCAGGCAGUCAAAGGCUUCAGAAAUUCACCCUCAGGUAUGAACCACAGAAUGAAAGGUAGCAUGACUGCCAUCAAGACCAGAGCCCCACAACUUGGAGGAAGCUUCGCAGUAUGGGGAGGCCUCUUCUCCAUGAUUGACUGUGGUUUAGUAAAAGUACGAGGGAAGGAGGAUCCCUGGAACUCAAUCACGAGUGGGGCCAUGACGGGAGCUAUCCUUGCUGCAAGAAAUGGACCGGUAGCCAUGGUAGGGUCUGCAGCUAUGGGAGGGAUCCUGCUGGCGUUGAUAGAGGGCGCUGGGAUCUUGCUUACUAGAUUUGCCUCUUCACAGUUCCCAACUGGGCCCCAGUUUGCUGAGGAGCCGGCCCCGGCCCCCAUGCCCAACUCGUCCUUUGGAGACUACAGACAAUACCAGUGAGAGGACUCCCUCACUUCUUAUCCACUAGGCCUUUUUGAAUUCCUUGCUGAAGUUGCAAAGAAGAAACGGAGAUGUAAAACACCACACAUGAGAGAAUAGCAACUGCACCCAACUUUAUGGACCGUGAAGGACAGAGUACAUCUUCAUUUUCCUUCUUUCAAGAGCCAUGUACAGAUCAGCCUCGUGCCAUUGUCCGCCUUGUCAUGUGCAUCUGUUUCACCCAACACUGGUUAAAUACAAACACGUGGUGAGACUGGGGACGAGGUGUGUUUUUCUGUUUCCUUCAUAUACAUUAUGUACUGCAUGUAGCCCGACGAGUGGCAGGUCCAGACUGACGAGCUUCGGCCAGUGUUGAAUUGAGCAAAAACACGUCACACGUGGAACGUUAUAAAUUAUAAGUAUGCUAUACAUCUGUGUAUAUACGGUAAAGGCUUUCUGCUUGUAUUCCCUCAUAGUCUCAUUUGCCUUAAAUAUGUCAGCUGCUUGGGCUGGCCACUUACAUUUGGCUGGAAUAUAUUUACUUUGAUUUUAAACAAACUAGUCACAAUGCUAUUCCUGCGAUAAUGGUUUUGUUUUAAAUGAAUUAAUUUAUUUUAGAUGCAGAGUUUUACCAGAGUGUUGUAUUUUAUAUUGCAGUGCUUUUACAUCCAACACAAAGGUUUGGGAAAGGCUGCUAAUGACAGAGGGUGGCCGAGGCAGUACCAAUGAAUGGAGAUACUCAAGCAAGGGAUUGAUGCGUACUGUAUGAUAGAUCAGUGUGGUACAAUAAAGAAAUAAGUUGUUAACUGUG